UUGCUUCUUCAUCCAGCAAUAAAUAAUCAAUAUGCAUACACCGUCUUUUUUAAUAAGAGUAAUUUCAACGUUAAAGAAAUCACAAAUCACAAUAUUCAAUUCCAGAUUUCCCAAUUUCCAGAUCCAAAGGGCCCCACUUUCUCCUACCAAUACCAUGUUAGGCGUCAUCACUCAUCACCAACCCUUCAUCCCCACGUUAUUUUCUCACUUUACCAUCUUACCCUUCCCAUAUUCUUCUUCAUACAUAUACAUAUACCACGUUUUUCUCUUAUUUCACUCUCUCAUUUACACACUUUCUCACUCUUCGAUCUUUAGCUCAACUUCCAGUGUUGUAAAUUAGUUCGUGAUUUUCACUUUCAUCUUCAAUUUGAGCUAAGGUUGAAGCUAUAUUCGAGAUAGUGAAAAUGGUGAAGAUUUGCUGCAUUGGGGCUGGUUAUGUGGGUGGCCCUACUAUGGCAGUGAUAGCACUUAAGUGCCCAAAGAUUGAAGUUGCAGUGGUUGAUAUCUCUGUGUCUCGGAUCAAUGCAUGGAACAGUGACCAGCUUCCGAUCUAUGAGCCCGGUCUAGAUGAUGUGGUAAAGCAAUGUCGUGGAAGGAACCUUUUCUUCAGUACUGAAGUGGAGAAGCACGUAGCUGAGGCUGACAUUAUCUUUGUCUCAGUCAAUACCCCAACCAAAACCCAGGGUCUUGGAGCAGGCAAAGCUGCUGAUUUAACUUACUGGGAGAGUGCUGCCCGUAUGAUUGCUGAUGUUUCAAAGUCUGACAAAAUUGUUGUCGAGAAAUCAACUGUGCCAGUGAAAACCGCUGAGGCAAUCGAAAAGAUUCUGACACACAACACCAAAGGAAUCAAGUACCAGAUCCUCUCGAAUCCUGAGUUCCUUGCUGAAGGUACUGCCAUUCAGGAUCUCUUCAACCCCGACAGAGUUCUCAUUGGUGGCCGGGAAACCCCAGAAGGCCUGAAGGCAGUUCAGGCGUUGAAGGAUAUCUAUGCUCAAUGGAUUCCUGAGGACCAGAUCUUAACCACUAAUCUUUGGUCUGCUGAGCUCUCGAAGCUUGCUGCCAAUGCCUUUCUAGCACAGAGGAUUUCAUCUGUCAAUGCAAUGUCAGCUCUUUGUGAGGCUACCGGGGCAGAUGUUACAGAAGUGUCAUAUGCUGUUGGUAAGGACAGUAGGAUCGGGCCUAAGUUUCUGAAUGCUAGUGUUGGUUUUGGAGGGUCUUGCUUCCAGAAAGACAUUUUGAACUUGGUAUACAUCUGUGAGUGCAAUGGCCUCCCAGAGGUUGCCGAGUACUGGAAACAGGUAAUCAAGAUCAAUGAUUACCAGAAGAAUCGUUUUGUGAAUCGGGUUGUUGCCUCCAUGUUCAACACUGUUUCAAACAAGAAGGUUGCUGUUCUUGGAUUUGCUUUCAAGAAGGAUACAGGUGAUACCAGGGAGACACCUGCCAUUGAUGUGUGCAAGGGUUUGUUGGGAGACAAGGCGAGGUUGAGCAUCUAUGAUCCUCAAGUCACAGAGGAUCAGAUUCAGAGAGAUCUCACCAUGAAGAAGUUUGACUGGGACCAUCCCAUUCACCUCCAGCCCACAAGUCCGACAACUGUGAAGCAAGUGAGCGUGGUUUGGGAUGCUUAUGAGGCCACCAAAGAUGCUCAUGCUCUGUGUAUUAUGACAGAGUGGGAUGAAUUCAAAAAACUUGAUUACAAGAGGAUUUUUGACAACAUGCAGAAGCCAGCUUUUGUGUUUGAUGGAAGAAAUGUUGUGAAUGCAGAUGAACUGAGGGCAAUCGGGUUCAUCGUAUACUCGAUUGGUAAGCCUUUAGAUCCAUGGCUUAAGGACAUGCCUGCCGUGGCUUAGGGAAUCAAUUGAUAGUCUUUGCUGGGGUUUGGAUAUGAGAGUUCAUAUCAGGAUUCAAUUUUAGUUUCAUUCAUUCAUAUCUAAUGUUGUACUUUUAUUUUUCUUUUUUAAAAUUGUUCCCCGGCACCACAAAAAGAUCAUUAAUCAGGAACACGACCAUCUUUGUAGACUUGGUUGUGUCUCCAUAUUUUACCUUGAAUUGUAUCAUUGUAUGUUUGAUGCUA